CUUUGAUUUUCUAAUCAGAUGGAUGGCCUCCAAAGCAGUACACGUAUUUAAAAUUUUGAUCUGGCGCUAAUAAGUCGCGCAUCGGCGGCAACUUCAUUAUUGUCCCAUUCUAAGUCAAAUCGCACUGCCGCUGUCAAACAUCUAAUUUUACACUUGAACAACUACAUCAUUUCGCCUGAAUCCCAUUGCGUUUCAACUUGGUCCCCGCAGGAUUGUGCUACGAAUUAACGUGGGUCUAAAUGCUCCACCACAUUUGUCCGGGGUUCGCUGAGGAAAUCUGAUCGUUGAGGCCUUCGGAUCGGUGGGUCUCUGUGUGAACAAUGCCGAAUUCAGGAGACGAUUCGGACGACGCGAGCAACUGGCAGAACCGCCGUGCCGCCUACUUGAACAGUCCAGUUGUGCAGGUGCAGGCGGACCCCGCCAAAAUCGGCCGCAUUAUCCACCAGAAUGAUCUGUACACGAUGUACAACUUGCCGCCCGGGAUGCCGCCCAAUUUCACCAUGAUGCCAGUAGGACAUGGAAACUACCUGCAAGUGUUCCACCAGGCUGACGGCCCUGAGCAGCAGCAGCAGGUGUUCAACAGUUACGAGCUGUUUGCGCCAAACUCGUUCAUUCCGCACCAGCCGGGCAUGCAUCAGAUGCAGCAGCCGCCAGAGCAACAGCAACAACAGUCCCAAGUUCCCAAUAGUCCGGACAUGUCUCAAUCACCACAAAACCACCACAACAAUGAUUCUGUAACCAACAUGUUUAUUAAUCGUCUCGUAACCAACUGGAAGCCGAAUGUAUCCGGAACUUAUUCACCAUUUGGCGAGCAACAUUCUCAUUUGAAAGCAUUCAACCACGUCUUCGACACGUCGUCUUCAGCGCCGUCAUCUUCCUCACUAUCGCUUCCAUCGGCAUCGCAAACCAGUUUCGAAUCCUCUCAAGCGAGCCUGCUGGCUGACAAGAGCUUCUCAAGCGCUCCAGGUAACUUGAACGUCGCAAAAACUAACGGCAAUCUCGAGAACAAUGGCGUCAAUGCUCCGGAGGUCCGAAAGCGAAUUGUCGCUGAAGUAAAACCGAUGCGAAUGUCCUACUCGGAUGUACUCAGCAAGAAUGUUGCCAUCAAUCAGAAACCACUGAAUGAAACGUCCGGCGGGAACUAUUCAUCAUCCUCUGAGUCGAACAUGAACCAGUCGAACAAAAGCUCCAAAUCAGUUUCGGAAAAAGCAAAGCCAGGCCAAGCCCCUGAUGACAAGAAACCAGUCUCUGUUGACGGGAAGGAAAAAUACGAAGUGAAAUCGAAGAAAUUUGAAUCGCAAAAUUCUUUCCGCAAUGACGACAGCUCCGGCUCAUCGUACACGAACUUACAAAAGGAUAAGCGUAAAUCAAACGGAGAAGAAAGUAGCCGUGAAGCUGGAUCGAACUCGGCCAGCAAAACGGCGAAGAAAUCAACUCAAUCAGUUAAGGGAAAACCCAAGACGCCGUCAAGCUCCGAGAAUACAAAACGUCGUUCAUACAAACGUGACAUGGACGAUGAAGUCUUUCUGGCAUCGACUUCCGCUGAAAACGAGAAGGAAUUCUAUUACAACGUUGCAAAGACCGAGUCCAGCUUUGAUCGCCAACCGAAAAAUUCUCAAUAUUCAUCCAACUCGACCAAGAAGUCACGCUUGACAUCGUCGAGCCAGAAGAGUAGCUUCCGGUCUGCAGAGAAGCCAACAUAUUACUCUCGCCGCAGUCAAAAGUCCCGCAAGGAUACGAAGUAUGAACUCCUCUUGAAGUUGGCCGAAAAAUGGUAUGAAUACACGUUGAAAGUAUUGACAUGGCUCUUCUAUUUGGUUUACGAUAUCGUCGUGUUGGGUUUUGGGAUGAUCUACGAUCGCAUCAACAAUUACGCCAUUUCUAUGUGUUCAUUUUUUGUCAAUCUACGACAAGAAUUCAGAAAUAAUUCCGGUAAGCCAAGCGAUUGGAUAAAGAACUUGUUCAAGAAGAUCGACUCCAAGUUUAAGAAAAAUUCGAAAUUUGCACUCUGGCGACGAUUUACGGAGAAAAAACAAUCCGAACCCGCUCCAGACUUUUAUGAAAACGGACGACUUCCACAGACGGGCGACGAGGCGAUUUACUCGUUACUGAAUUGUAAAGGAAAGGAUGCAUAUAGUAUCUUGGGUGUGACUACGGAGAGUUCUCAGGAGCAGAUUCGGAAGCACUACAAGAAAAUUGCCAUGCUUGUCCAUCCCGAUAAGAACAAACAGCCAGGAGCUGAGGAAGCGUUCAAAGUUUUACAACGGGCAUUCGAGUUGAUUGGCGAACCGGAAAAUCGUAGAACUUACGACAAAAGUUUAGCCGAGGAGUUGGAUGCCAAGAAACAGUGGUCUGAACUUCAUGAUCUCUUAUCACAACUACAACAGAAGAUAGCUGAAGCCGCCAAUACGAUAAGAUGUAGCAGCUGUGGCUUGAGACAUCCUCGAAAGUUAACAGAGCGACCGCACUACGCGGCACGAGAAUGCAGUUCCUGUAAAAUUCGACAUUCGGCGCGUGAGGGUGAUAUCUGGACAGAAACAAGCAUAUUCGGCUUACGUUGGCGUUAUCUUGCACUCAUGGAGGGUAAAGUUUACGACAUAACCGAAUGGGCAAAUUGUCAGAAAGGAGCACUCGCCUAUCUUCAGCCCAAUUCCCACGUAGUACAAUAUCGUAUCGUUCGCGGGGUCCAAGAGAAGCAACAGCACGAAAAGCAGAGCAAGGAACGAUCGAAACGUGAAUUUGGUAAACUUUUGGACAAUAUCUAUAGCGGACACAAUCCACAGGCUCAACAGAGUGCGACGUCACGACGCCGAACCAAGCGAAAUUGAAAGUUUUUUGAUUGACCAGUCGGCGACGCAGGUGUGAAUGCCUAUGACGAUUCAUAUGGAAAUGAAUAAUGUAAACAAACUACUAUGUAUUCUUGUCAUAAUCGUAAACAAUUGAAUUGCAUAUUCUCUACUAUUUUUACAACAGUUUUUAUUUUGUACUUGCGCAUGUGAACGUUGCGUGCACUCUCCCCUUGUUCAACUCAUUUCUAGUUAACUUUGGAGGUCGUUUAAGUACUUGGAACGACUUUGAAUGCCAACCUUUUAUUGAAACUCUGACUACUUUCUAAAAUUAGUUUUAAUUCAACUGAGUUGGUUGUUCCCAAUGCAUUCAGUUAAUUUUUAAAAGAUUCUAUACCGAACCAACAAUUGCUUCCUACGUUCUCUCGGAAGCCCGAUUUGUUUUGACCCCACCUCGCAUGAAAUGUUCACAUGCCUCGAAAACCAGACCAGGUUUAAAUUUCACUUCUCUCCUCUUUUACUUUAUAUCCACUAUAAAUAAAUGUUUAAACUUGAAUUUACAUUGUAAACAGAUAAAUGGAAAUCAGUGUAUUCAAUGAAUCCGCGUAGAAUAAAAUAAAGCAUUGCUAACAUUUGUAUAUGGAA